AUGAAAUUAAUCUUGAUACUAUCUAUAUCUAUGUUUCUUACAUUUAUUCAGUUCUCUAUAGGAGAUGUAUCAUGCAAGUUUUCAAACUGCAAGGUAAAAAUGCGUGGUAUUGAGCAACCUUAUACCAAAACAAAAGUUAGGCAACAUCAAGAACCAGUUCCAUUUUUAGUUCAAACUAUACCUGUGAAGACCUAUAUGGAUCAGAAAGCAGGUACAAGUGGACUAAGAAAGAAAACCCGUGCAUUUAUUGAGGGCACAUAUAUGGCAAAUUUUAUCCAAUCUUACUUUUCGUCAUUUCCUGAUGGUUAUUUUGAAGGUAGUACUUUAUUGAUUGCUGGAGAUGGGAGAUAUUUCACAACUAGAGCAAUCCAAAUUGCAUCUGAAAUAGCUGCUGCACAUGGUGUAAGAAAAAUUUGGACUGGAAUAGAUGGUUUAUGCUCAACUCCAGCAGCUAGUGCAAUUAUUCGUGAAAGAGAGGGAGGUGUUUCAAUAGGAGGGAUAAUAUUAACUGCAUCUCAUAAUCCAGGAGGUAUAGAUGCUGAUUUCGGAGUUAAGUUUAAUGAUGAAAAUGGUAGUCCUGUUUUAGAAUCUGUAACAAGUAAAAUAUUUGAAAUUAGUAAAAAUAUUACGAUUAUUAAGAAGGUAUCUUUACCUAGAAUAAGCCUUUCACAUAAGGGAAUUCAGGAACUUAUUUUAGGAAAAUUUUCAGUAGAGGUUAUUGACACAAUUGAAGAUUGGAUGGAUCUCCAAAGAAAUAUUUUUGACUUUGGUAUGAUUAGAUCAUUUGUCCAAAGAAAGGAUUUUAAAAUGGUAUUUGAUGCUAUGCAUGGUGUUGCAGGUCCUUAUGCUCAUAGUUUAUUUGUUGAUGAACUUGGCUUGCCUCCAGAAACAAUAAUUCAUCCUAAUCCAAAAAAAGAUUUUGGUAAAUUACACCCAGAUCCAAAUUUGACAUAUGCCAAAGAACUCGUUGAAAUUAUGAAAAUUUUUAACCCUGAAGAAAUAACAGCUAACACUCCAGAUUUUGGAGCUGCUGCAGAUGGAGACUGUGAUAGGAAUAUGAUAUUAGGUAAAGGAUUUUUUGUAACACCUUCAGAUUCUCUAGCUAUAAUUACAUCUUAUGCUACAAAAGUAAUUCCUUUUUUUAGUGAUGGAAUUGUUGGAGUUUCAAGAUCAAUGCCAACAAGUUGUGCAUUAAAUGCAGUUGCUAAUAAAAUGGGAAUCCCUUGUUAUGAAGUUCCAACUGGUUGGAAAUUCUUUGGUAAUCUAAUGGAGGCUGGGAUGAUUAAUAUUUGUGGUGAAGAAUCUUUUGGUACAGGUAGUAACCAUAUUAGAGAGAAGGAUGGUUUAUGGGCUGUGUUGGCAUGGCUAUCAAUAUUAGCAUACAAUAAUCAAGAUCCAAAUCAACCCCUAGUUUCUGUACGGGAUAUUGUAACUGAUUUUUGGAGAAUAUAUGGUAGAAAUUACUAUACUAGAUUUGAUUAUGAAGAUUUAACGAAUGAUCAAGCUUCUAACUUCUUAAGUCACAUACAAUCUUAUGUUAAUAAUCCAGAGGAGUUUCAGGAAAUUAUCAAACCUUUUGGUUUAAAACUAAAACUUGCAGAAUCUUUUACUUAUGUAGACCCUGUAGAUAAAAGUAUUACGUCGAAUCAAGGUAUAAUAUUUAAUUUUAGUAAUGAUUCAAGAAUUAUUUUUCGUAAAUCUGGGACUGGGUCUUCUGGAGAUACUAUCAGAAUAUAUAUUGAACGUCCUAUAACUGAUCAAAGUAAAUUGGAAAUGAAUACUACAGAUGCUUUAUCUGACCUUAUAAAAAUUGUAAAUAGUCAUAUUAAAUUAACUGAGCUAACUGGAAGGGAAGAACCAACAGUUAUUACUUGA